AUCUCUUCGCAGAUUAUAAUUACACUCCCUUGUUUAUAUUUCUCUCGAUAUUGUAUACAAAUGAAUAGAAAAUACUUGGAUCGUCGAUCAUACUCAUGGUCCGGAUCACAAGCAAGACCAUACAUAUGCGAUUUUUGCGAGAGAGGUUUCUCCAACGCACAAGCUUUAGGAGGGCAUAUGAACAUCCACAGAAAAGACAGGGCAAAACUUCGACAAGCGAACCUAAAAGAAGAAGAUACUGAAGAAGCCACCACUUCGAGAAAUCAGUUAGAGCAAGAGCUUAUUGAGUUACCGUUCUUCGUUGAUACGGUCCGUCGACCAACAACAAAAGAAGAAGAUGAUAAAAGCGAUAACUGUGUAGGAGAUGAAGAAAAGAACAAAACGAGGAUACUUGAAACGGCUUUAUCUCAAAGUGCAGAAGUGAUAGAUCUUGAGCUCCGGCUAGGAUUAGAUCCUUAUAAGAAAUCAACAAGAAACUAAUGAAAUUUGCAACCACGCGUCCAUUAGUGGAGAAAAGGCUGCUUCAAAAAAUAUGAGGAAGGUCUUUUUUGCUUACAGGAAACUUCUCGACAUUUUUCGUAUUAAAAAUGCGGUCGCGAUUAUGCCACGUGUUAUUAACAUGACGUGGCAUCCGAGGUGGCACAACCUAAGUCUCCGUAAUUGAUUCUCCCCACCUUCGUUAUUUUUGU